UUCAGGUUCAAUUACAAUAUAAAGCGAAUAAAUUAACCUUCUUAGCAUAAUUAAUUUGGAUUGCACGUUAUAAAAGAAAUUGAGAGAGGAAAUGAUUUUCCAGAAUUUUCAGAGAAAUUCUCAGAGGUGCACCUGCCCCGGUAAAUCAUGUUCCUAAUUGUGAGGAAAGUUUUUGAAUUCUGUGACAAUCUGGACAAGAACUUUAGCCAUCCUCUGGCUCAGUAUCCGAUUAUAAGGAGUCCAAGUUCAAUAUUUGCCAUUGUGAUCCUCUACCUGCUUUUUGUGUACAAAUGGGGCCCCAAAUUGAUGCUGGACAGGAAACCAUUCAACCUCCAACGCACGAUAAUCGUCUACAAUGCCCUACAAGUCCUUCUAAAUGCAUACAUCUUCAUCGAAUCCAGUCAUAUCUACCUACAACUCUACGAUCUCAAGUGCCAACCAGUGGAUUACAGUGUCACUCCAAAGACACUUCGACUGGCCAGAGUCAGCUACAUCUACUGCCUCACAAAAUUCUUUGACUUUAUAGAUACAGUAUUCUUCGUGCUGCGAAAGAAGAAUCAGCAAGCAUCCUUCCUCCACAGCUACCAUCAUGCUGGGAUGGCUGUAGUCUGUGGAGUUCUCUACAAAUUCUUCGCAAAUAGCCACUUUAUCCUCAUGGGAAUAAUCAAUUCUUUCGUACAUGUCCUCAUGUACUGCUACUACGAAUUGGCUGCCCUCAAUCCCAACUACAGAAAUAAUCUCUGGUGGAAGAAGUACAUAACUCAACUCCAAAUUUUCCAAUUUGGCAUCAUUUUUCUACAUCUAACUGCGGGUUUCUUCUCAAAUUGUGGCUUACCGAAGAUUUUGGUAACCCUGCUCAUGAUCCAGACCCUCUUUAUCACUCUCAUGUUCUCAGAUUUUUACUACAAAAACUACAUCAAGAAACGCCCUAAGCAAACUAAUAAACAAAAUUAAACUAAUAAAUUAUUGCAGAGAUUACCAAAUUGGACUACAAAGCUGGUGUACUCUCUAUUUUCAGAGAGUUUCUCUUCAUACGUGAGAUUAGAAAUAAAAAUUUCAAUUAAUUUUA